AUGGCUCGUUCUGAAAAUCCCUUGAUUUGGAGUUCGAAGCUUGUUUAUAAAGGCGAAUUUUCGUCUGCUAUACGAGGUCAUCAUGGCCACAAAGCGACAUGGUCUCCAACUAAAGGAGAGUCUCGGGCAGUAGGAAAGGGAAAGAAGCCAAACAAAACGUUGAAUUCGUAGUUGGGACUCAUCUUCAAGCUUACAAAAGAUAUUUUCCCAUGGAACUUUCCUUCCUGAUAUUCCUUUCCUUCCUUUCCUUCCUUAUAUUCCUUUAUAUUUAAAUUAUUUAUUACCUUAGUAUUUUAGUAUUUAAGGAUUUUAGUCUUUCAGUUGUUUCAUAGGGCCAUAAAGGUUGAUUUCCACUGACGCGUUUUUGGCUGCGCUCGUUAACGUACGUAAAUUUUAAUCACGUAAAUAAAAUAGAGGCUAGAUAUAAAGUGUUGGGAUAAAACGUGAAGUUAAGCGAGGUUCUACUUUUACACUUACCUGCAACCUUUCGCACAUUGCCUCUAUUUUAUUGCGAACGUAAAUUUUACGCGCGCACGCACGUACAAAUUACGCGAAAGUGGAAAUCAAUCCCAAGGGAGAAUACAGUACAACUGUAAUUAUGCACCCUAUUGAAAUAAAUUGUAAAGAGUAAAUUUUAAGCUCGGAGAAACAAAUGUAAAAAUAAAUUAAUCAGUUUAAAAUUUACCAUCUUUCAUUCUUUUACCACACAGUACGACAUCGACAUUGCUGAUCCUUGCAGUAUGCAGGACGCGUGUCAGAUAUGAACCUAGUAUAUGGCCUAGCUCUCCAUGAGUUCUCCGUAGCUCAAGUGGAUAGAGUGUUUUCACAUGACGUCACGGCGGCCAUAUUGGUAUCCCAAAACAAUGAAACGGCGGCCAUGUUGGUGUCCCAAAUCAAUCCUCUGGGAGUUGAACUCUUUUCUUAUACAAACGCUUUUUUUGUUCCAAUAAAUUUGCAUAGAUACUGGCCACGUGAAUGAAAACACUCUAUAGAGCGCCCGCCCGGUGUUUGGGAGGUCUUAGGUUCGAACCCUGUUGGGGACUCAGAUUUUUUAUUUGUCCAAAGCUCGUGACAUGCUGAUUAAUUCAUUUUCAUAGUAUCCAUAAUAUUUACAAACUCUUAACAUAUAUAAUCCGGAACUAGCCUUAGAAUGAAUGUUAUGAUCGAAAUGCGUGUCGCAGUUGCAUGGUAACUUUGUAAAUGUCACUCCUAAUAACUUGAGUUCCCCUUUCCUCUCAAUAUCUUUCAUGGUUUCCGGGAUUGGUUUCUUAGUAUUUCCUCUAACCACCAUUUCCCACGUCUUUUUGAGGUUCAAGGUUAUAAAAUUCUCAAUAGACCAGCAUAGGGUAUUCUGCACCUCGACGAAAGAUAAGUCCAGAGUAUUAGAUGUUAUAUAUAGGGACACUCAAAGUGAUGUCGCCAGUAUACUUCAAGAGAAGAUUCUUGUUUGGAUUUGCGGCUAUGAUGUCAUUUACCAUAACAAAAAACAAGUCAGGACCUAACACAGUUACUUGUGGGACUCCUCUAUUGAUGUCCACAAACUUUGUUGACACGUCAUCAACUACAACCCUUUGCUUUCGAUUACUCAAGAAGUUUAUUAUCCAGUUGAUAACAUAUUGAUUAAUGUUGUACGAUCCCAACUUGUUGCACACUAUUUCAUGCGAGACCGAAUCAAAGGCUUUACUAAAAUCAAAGGAAUAUACCUUAGCAAAGUCAGCUUCUGUGUCCAGCCAUCCUAAAUAGUGAUGUUGACAUUUAAUGAGGGCCAUAGUACGUAAUUUGGUCACGAGCUGUAAUGUAUUCCGAGCGGGGUACAAUUGCUCAAAUGUAUCACGAUCGGGAUACAUUUGAUUUUAGUCAGGGCCAUGUGACCAAGAAUCAACCAAUGGCAGUCCCUGUUUAUUCGAGUGAAAGUCUAGGAAUCUAACAAUAGUCUGUUAUUGUCUUUAUUGAAUAGCAACGCUUAUUGGUAUUGGGGCGCUUGGAAUGAGGGUGCUUAUGCAAUAGAGGUGCUUAUUAGAGUGGGAGCGCUUAUUAACAAAAACCCAUCCGAGGUGGAGGUUAGAAUAAUUUUUUUUUUCUUAGAGGGACAGGUAUUUUACAUGAAUGCAAACAACACUUAUGAUUCUGAUGACGCAAUACAUAAUCAUUUAUGGUGUUUUGAACAUGCAUGGAGACCUGAAAUUAAUGGAAAUUAACCCCGCCCCGUCCCCCCCCCCCUCCUCCCUCCCUUCACCUCCUAGGUCAGUCAAGUGACGUAGAAGCCAAUGAAGUACGCAAACUCUAAGACAUUACUUACCUUUAAUAAGCAUUCGGUUUUUUUCACUAGCUCCUUUAGAAAUAGAAACACGCGGAGAAAAAGCACAGCUCGCUUAUCAAAGUGCUCUGAAAGAUGGAGCUGUUAAUGUUUACCGUGGUCGAGUAUUGCUUAUUGGGCAAGAUCGAGCAGGAAAAACAAGUUUGAAGAAGUCUCUCAUUGGUCUACCGUUUAAUUCAAAAGAAAAAAGUACUGAUGGAAUUGAAGUGGAUCCAUCAAAAUUUCAGUUGGGCGUUGAUGAAGUCAGGAAUUGGCAACCUAUUGAUGAGAGAAAACAAGGGUUGCUAGGAUGCUUGAAAGAUGUGGCACAGAUGGUGGUGGAAAAGAUGAAUGAUACUUCAGUUAACCGUGAUUGGGUUCAGGAGGAGGAAAGAGGUGAUGCGAUUCUUCAAAAUGAUUAUAACAAGAAUAGGAAUCAGGUUGGUGCUGAUGCAGAAGAGGAAGAAGUUACUCUUGUGAACCAGGUUUGUCUUUGUUGGUUUUAAAAUGUGAUGUUUGUUCGUGAAUCCUUCGUUACGUCAAUAAUUUCCUAACAGUAAUUGCUCCCGCAGGGAUUUCUCCCAGAAGGCGAAAUCGCGAGGAGGCACUCUAGUAACUCGCGCGUAUAUUAAGGAAAGUACUUACAGUUGAAACAUACAGUCAUACAGUCAAUAUAGAAAAAGUCUCGAUUUGCUUGAACAGGGGCCGCGCGGAAUCGGUAGGUAAUGAUGACGUUUCUAUUGUUUGCGCCCGCAAGUACGAAAUGGUUAGGAUGACGUUAAGACAGAACAUCCCCAAGGGACCGUUUAUGUAGAUUUUGUGACAUUUAUUGUGCAGUCAUACUUCGACACUCUUUUACGUUACGUGUUAUCAGUGACAUUCUGUGGAGCAGUUGUUUCAGUGAAAGUUAUGGACCAAAAUUUUAACGACACUCGUUAAGCGCAGAAGAAGUUAUAAGGUGCGUAUAACUGUGUAUAUAUAAACACUUGGAGAGUUUGCCAAACAUGAGUUCCCAAAUCUUUCAUUGGAAACCUUGCCAGACACUCUUUCUCUCUCUUUGACCGGAAUAAGACUAAGUCCCAAACAAGCAGGACGAGUGAACAACGGCUAGCUUCACACUAGCAGAACGAUGGACGAUUACAGAAAUUCGCCGACAAUCAAAUUCUGUGCUGACUUAUUCCCUGCUCACAGAUGUCCUUCCGCUAUAAAGUUUAAAAUAAGACUAGAAUGCGCGAGAUUGAAUUGAUCAAACGUCCUUUUAAUUUCUAAGGCUUCCUUUCCGGGAAAUAAAAUGAACUGAAUGUAAAAAGUGAAAGAGAAAUAGCGAAAAAUUCAACUUCUAAUGAAAUCUUUUCUUAUGGUUUAGAAUAAACUAUUCUCGAAACUGAGAAUGUUUUGAUCAAAGCUAUAUAAAUCGACCUGAAACUGUGCAUGGAACCUUGCGUUUCCUGUAUUUAUCUCACCUAUUGUAUGACAUAUGUGUGAAAAUCUUCAUUAUGAAUCGGUAUAUUUCAAAGAGCUACACAACGAGCAAGAAUGCUAUUGACCGACAAUAUACAGAGCGGGGGCAGCUGUAGUGUCAACUAUUACUAGUUAUUAUGAAUUGAUUAUUGCCUUCAUAAGUUAGGUUUUAGUGAGAAACUCACCACGGCUUCCCUGCCUUUUACUACGAUGUCAUUAUGGAAAAUAUGUAAUAAUUGCCAGAUCGUGUUUUUUUUUUCAGUGCUGGUUAAAAAUUUAGCAUUUUUAUACUUGUCUGAUAAGUUCAGUUUCGAGUAAAGAAUGAUAUUACUAUCAACCAUUUUGUUAUAUUUCCAUGAUUGUACCCAUCUACACAUAAGCUUAGCCUUUGGGUCAUUAGUGCGUAUGCAAACCAAACUGAGUAUAGCCGUUUCUUUAUUUAUACUUUUAAGUGUUAAUUAGUCUUUUAGUAUAGCUUUCGCUAAGUUUUUUUUUGCCAAUCACAAUUUCCCUACGCUGUUUUCCUUUUUAUGCGAGGAGCAAGGCCAAGGGGUUGGGGGGACUCAAUCAAACACCAUAUUUCUAUAUAUUCUUAAAUUUACUGUUCCUUGAAAAAUGCAGGAGCAUUUUAAUGUUUUGGAUACCUCAUUCCUCCAAUAAUUGUACCUCAAUGUUUGAACUUAUAAAGAAUUUUCUGUUAUCCAUAACAACUUUAAAUGGCUGAAUAAUCGAAUCAGGGGGAUGAAGAGGAAUAAUCCGGUGUUCAUUAUUCCAGCUGGAAAAUUUACGUUAUUCCAUUAUUAGUCGAGCUUGCUUAAGCAGAGCGAGACUCUGAAAAUGCAGUCGUUUCUUUUUUCUUGUCGGUGGGACCUAGUUUGUAGGCCACGCGUUCCUAGCGAAGACCGUGGAAACUGGGGAUAAGAAUCCUGGCGACUUUCACUGUAUGCAAAUGAGUCUCCUGAUGAGCAUGCGGUAUAUUUUCGGCGAUGACUGAAGUUUGGCACUGAUGUAAUUUUCCUCGAAUGGAGGCCCUUGAUUUUCGUGUAAUUAUGCACGACAUGCAGGCACUGAUUAAAAAGGAAAUAUCCCCAAGUAGGGUGAGAAAAUAUUAUAGCGUGGAAAUCCUAUUUUGUGGUGUUUUAAGGCGUUACGUUUCUCAGAAUAUUGCCUCAAUUACUUUCGGAAAUCUACGGUAAAAUAGAUUCACUUUGUUUUAUGUAUUUAAUUGAUAGAUUUUCGCAGUUGUUAAGAUGUGAAGUCGUGUUGCACUUUAUAAAUACUUGAGAUAUCAAGUAUCUUUUACGUGCGUACGUGCGUAAAAUUUGCGUUUGCAAAUAAAAUAGAGGCAAUGGAUGAAAGAUCGCAGUUACAAUUAUGUAAACGUAAAAGGAGAAACUCGCUCAACAACGCAGUGCGCUUUGGUCCACCGCAAAUUGUGCCUGUGCGGAAGUUUGGGAUGAAGGUAUCAUUUUUUUUUCAAGUUUUAGUCUUAAAAUUGUCAAAAUAAAUCAUAUUGUGGCGCACUGCGCUGAAAAACUUUGUUAUCUUCAUAUCUAUAAAUGUGCCACUCCACUGUAAAAAAUAUACAUUUGGUUAGAGUGUAGCGUAGGUUAGCUCCAAAAUAGUAACGUAGACCAUACCCUAAAAUUCUUCACAUUCCACGAAUGCCACGAAACUUACCAAGAUAAAAAUAUUUUUUUCUUUUUUAUGCAUAAUGAUUUAUCACACCGUAAAAUUUUAAGACAGUCUGACAAAUCCUUCAUCCAAUUUUUUAUUCACAAACUUGAGGUAAAAAGGUCCAAAUUAGCCUCCGGUACCACCUUAAAUCUCAACACUUUAUAUCUUACCCCUAUUUUAUUUACGUGAUUAAAAUUUACGUGUGUUAACGUGCGGACCCAAAAACGCGUCAGUGGAAAUCCACCCUAACGUUACGUAUGUGUCACGGAUGUGUUUAUACGGGUAGCUUUGAACUUGACUAAUCGCGCAUCUACUUGCAGCACUUCAUGUCCAUAGAAUAGAAAUCCCAUAUCGAGCUUUUCCGGAGCGGGUUGGUCCAAGAAUUCUAUCGCUUGAAUGUGUUGAUUAUUUUGGAACAACAACUGAUCACUUCAGUGGUCGAAAAUAAAAGGAAUAAUCUUAAUCAGCAAAACUUCAAGGUUUACUGGAAAAUCAGGAUCGAGGAUCGAGGAAUUAGGGAUUCAGGAUCGGUUAAAAAGAACUUGAAAAUAAAAUGAAUAAAUAAAUGGUGGAUCAGUGGUGAUGUGGGCCGCAGACUGUAGAUAAAUUUCACAGAACAUAACCCCGUUGGCUGUACUGAACACUAAAUUCAAGUAAACUAAUCCAAGUCUGUCUGAGUCAGUGAUUGUUUUGACGAGAAAGUGAAAUUUUCCUGGAAAAUGAAACGCUUUAUCCCAGUGAUACUGUAAUAAAAGAAAAAACUUUAACAGUUUUUAAUUUUUUAAUUGUACAUUUGCUUUCACUACUCCAUAUUUUUCUUGUAAUUGUUGUAUGCACGACCCCACCAGCCAUGUUGAUAUUUUUAGCGUGCUAAAAUAAAGUUCUGAUCUAUCUAUCUAAAAUGCAUGCUGUGCACAACUCUAAACAUUGUACUCUGAGACUGUACGAAAAUAUUAAAAGUAGAUACUAAGCAGCUAUGGAAAAUGUAAUUAUUUUCACGCGGUAUUGAUAUCUUAUAAAGAGGACAACAAAUUCAGCAGGAAUACGCGCGAACUGAAUUAACUUUGUGUUGUAUAAGGUUCUGUUAAACUUACACAAUUUUCCUGUGCUGGACAUAUACUGUACCGAGCCGUACUUUGGUCCGGUACAAAGAAGCUAUGAAUAUUUAUACUGACAGAGUCAUGGUCCCCUGAUACCGAUAAAAAUCAUCGGUGAAUUUUGGGAGUGUAAAAUUCGCGAAAGAGUACUCCUCAAAAGAGCAAUAUCAAUAUGUAGAAGGUUUUCAAAAGGUUUCACACCAGUUUGAGGCUAAGUUGUGCGACCUGUCUCUCCUUGCAAUUUUUACUUUUUGAGUAUUUACAUUAUGACAUAUAACACUCGUUUUGUAUUCCAAACGAAAAAGUAGGAUAACAGCACCGGUGCCUUUGACAACAAAACUUAUCUCCAAGCAAGCGAGACUCAACGUUACUAACAGCGUUCUUGUUCCAGUAAAAAAGAAGUCAUUAUUCCGUUGAAGAAACCUACUUUUUCAAUUAUUUUGCCCCAGAAAAUGGCGUUAUUUCCUUUUUUCUUACUCUACUAUUUCUCUUCACCCCCAAAAUCGAGCCAGCUACCGUAGGUCUUUUAGAAUCAGAAUCAACAGUUCUUUUGUUUGUUUUUUUUUUCGUAAUCUGCUACAGGUUGGUGAUCCAAACGAAGACAGUGUUAGUGAACUCACAUUAACAGGACCUGAUCAUGAGUUAGUGGUUGAUACUACUUCACCUUCAGAGGAGAUCAAGGAUCGAACUGUAAAUUUAAUAAAGUACAUGAAAGGUGAAGAUGUUAAGCCUGAGGAAUCUGUUGUCAGUAUUGAACUGUGGGAUUUUGCUGGACAACACCUGUAUCAUGCAUCCCAUCCUGUAUUUUUAUCAUCACGUGCGCUGUACAUCUUGGUGUGCAACCUCAGCAAGUCACUGCAUGACACAGCCAAACCCUGUGUGAGACAAGGGUCUCGUAAUGUUCCCUUGGAAAACCCAAAUGGAGAAACAAAUCUUGAGAAUUUGUUGUCUUGGCUGUCCACAGUGCAUAGCGUCGCACAGAUGAGAAGAGAAACCUGUGAUGAUGAAGAAGAGGAAGUGCCUCAUUAUUUGCGCCCCCCAGUGAUCAUUGUAGGAACCCAUGCAGACAAACCAUUUGAAGACAUUGAAACAAUGAAAACAGAAAUCCAGAACGCAAUUGCUGGUAAGGACUAUGAAGGACAUGUGGUGCGGCCUAUCUUCAGCAUUGACAACACUGCAAAAUUAACUCAAAGAAAGAUCAAGAAAAAAGUUUUCGGGAAAGAUAAAAACAUAGAUAAGAUCCAAGCUCUACGAGUGAAAAUCUUGGAAGUGCUAAGACAGGAGCCUUACAUUGGGGAGAGGAUACCUGUGAGGUAAAUAAUGGUUAUACAAGAACAGAAUCCAUUAAAGUAAAUAUUGAAAAUAAUUUCAAGGGUUGAGUUGUGAACGCACUGAAAUUACGGAUUAUGUGUAUUGCGUUUGUUUCCGCCAGUCCUGGUAAGAUUAUUUUUUUGAUAUGUAAUGUGUUUCAGGUCUCAUCAUUAACUCGUUGACUGUGACGCUAUAUAAAAGUGUGACCGCAAAACAUCUAAAGGCUGGUUCACUGUAUAGUCCUUUACUUUGGUUAAAAAAAAUUACAGCGUGCACAGAAAAAGUUCAGUGAUUCCUGAAUGAACCACCUGGCGGUCAUAAGAAAUGAAUAUCUCGUUGCUUCGUCGUGUAGAAUUCCCGUUCCAUUGAGGUCAACAAAAAAUUUCCCGUCCGGGUGGGGGUUAGUAUUUUGCUGUUUUUAUCCUUGACACUUGUAAAUGAAGCAUACAUGAGGUAAAAACAACAAAACGGUCAAGGAGUACUGGAAACAAGUUUGAAAAAUAAAAACGAUGGCGGCCGAAACGCGGAGAAUUUUUUUUGGCUUUCAAAGACGUUUUCUGGGCGUUUUCUUCGCGCUGGCUACCCCUCACGGGUUCAGGUCAAAUUCAAAGGAAAACAAAAAACCCAGUUUUAUCACAUUCCUUGGUUUAAAAGACUGUGGUGGUUUUAAAGGCAGACGAGAGAUGGCAAGAUAUCAGGUGGUACCGUUCGCGAUUUCUGCAAACUUUGGUUGUAAUCUUUCUGCGAAAGUCUACGCAAGUGAAAAUCCAUACAAAAAUGGCGAUUUUUUAGUUGGUUUUUAGCGCGAAAAACCCAGUGAAAUCCGAUAAGCUGGCAUUAAUCGAAGGUAAGAUCUUGAAUUUGAUGUUUUUUGAUAUUAAUAUUCCGGUGGUACCCACUGAGAGUUGGUUACGAGUAACUCACAAUCAGAGACAAAAAACUCUCAAAGUCGCUUCAGUCUUAUUAUUCCGCCAUACUUUAAAGACCAAAUCGUGGCUCGAAUGCAGCUCUAGCCUGUUAAAUUCCCGGAUGAGACCGGGCAUUCUACGCGAUGUUAAACACGUUAACCAUGAAAAGCACUUCUGACUGAGCUUAAGGAGUAUUCUGCCCUGAAGGGUUUGAUAAUGUUAUUUUGAAUUGGCCGAAAAGCACAGUGUACAUUUCAUUGUCGUUUUAAAAAGAUAAAGUAAAGUGGAUCACACACCCGUUCAAUCUGUAGUAAACUGCAUAAUACAGGGUGAACAUUCAGAACAUGACCAGCUGUAUUAGUUAAGCUUAUUUAAGCUUAUAUUUAUCUAUUUAUUUAAGAAAAACCAUUUUAAUACCAACUAAUAAAAAAUCUUCAUGGUUUUUCACAUCUCAGCAGUCAUGUUUUGGAGCGCUUGCAUGCUUCUGGCACCGGUUGUUCAAACGAUGAAUCACUAUCAAGCGGAAAAAAUAUCAGUAAACCUAAUGGCACUAUCCACUAUUUAUCCAGUGAAAAGGUUUAUCCACCUUUCGCACAACUGGGCCCUGUACUUUAGUCAGCACAGGUAUACUGUGUCGUCACAGACAUGACUUUGUAUACUUUAACACGUGCCAUCAGUUUUCUCUUUGGUCUUGUAAACUAGGUGGCUGAGCUUUGAGAAAGUCAUCAACGCUUUGCUUUCCAAGCCAGUUUAUUACCUGAGUAUAACAAAGCUACGCACCCAUGCCAAGGAGAAGUGCUUCAUCAGUGACGAUGAAGAGUUUACCACCAUGUGAAUUUUUAUCAUGACCUGGGGAUAAUUAUCAAGCACCGUAGCACAGUCACCUUGAGUGCCAAGUGGCUGAUAGACUUGUUCGGGCAGCUGAUCACUAUUCCAGAUUUUACGAAAAUGGUAAGAAAUACAUUUUAAACGUGUUUUCAAACUUACAAUGCUUUGUAGUGGCCCCCAUUUUGGAGGACAUCACGGGUGUCAAACCGUGCCGUAACAAAUAAAAAUGAUUAUGUCUCGUGCAUUGCACGCUAGCUUUCAUGUGUGACAUCAGCACAAUCUACCUUUAAAGGGGUGCAAUGGAAGUACAUUGCAUGACUUGUAGAAUUAUCCUCAAAUGUAGUCUUAAAGGAACGUCUCACAACAAAAAAGAGUGGAAAGAUACAUAUACGUGUGCUGAAACCAGCGACUCUUUAUGUCGAACAAUCAGAACGCACUUUUAUAGUUUCUGGAAGUGAAAUUUGGACCUUAAGAAUUUUCCGGAGAGUAAACCAAAUAGAGGAUUCUGGCAUUUACGUGACGCUUUAAAGAGCAUUCUAUAGAUUUGAAAUCUGAGGUCUGUUUAAAAGGCUAUGAUCUUUUUUCGCCCCAGAAAGAUUUAUUCACAGUUAUACUUUCUAGUCAGUCUUUCGUAACUUUCAUUUUAGAGGUGUCCUCACACAAAUCCGCAAAUUACAAGGAGAAAAGUUUUCCUUGAAUGUUUACUUAAAAUGUUUAGUAGCUUAUUUCUUUUAGAGAACUUGCUAAACUUUAUUAGUAUAACAUUUAGAAAUGUAAAAUGAUCCUGGAAGAAAGCUAUUUUGAAUAGUUUUGUGAUCAUUCAAUCAAUCAAAUCAAUCAAUCAAUCAGUCUUUAUUCUACGUAAGAUAAAAAGACAUAUCUUAAGAGCCAUUUUCUGAGAAAAUCGAGAAUCGCAAGACACUCGUCAAAAAAUCGAAUUUUUUUUUAUUUUGCCAAAACAUCCCUUUUAGUGACCUAAUUUAAGGAAAAAUAGUUUUGGGUUCAAACGAUUCAUUUUAAAGGAGAAAUUAAAAAAAGUUUGAAAAAUCGAUUUUAUUCCUGUUUUUCGAACAAAACACGACAGGAUGCAAUGGCAACUUCGAGAGAAGGGUGAACGCGUAAGAAACAUUCCCUGACAUUGAAACUUCCCCGAAUUAUUAUUUUGUUCUUACUCUUGAAAACCUUAAAAGAAAAUUUGAAAAACAAUGUCUUAUAUUUUUAUAAUCGACAAGUCUAAAGAGGUCAUAUUUGUAACGUUAGACGUGCUAGAAAACGAAGGCCAACUUUGACCAUUAAAAAAGGCCUCUGGUAUAUGCCGCUUGAUCAUAAAAUCAAUAUAAAAUGGAACCUUGGCUUUUGUACUAACUUACUGGAAAGUUUUAGCUCUGGAAAUCAAAUACCAUCCUGACACCAAAGCAAGCGGUGAGAGCAAUUGAAUUGGGAAAUUUAUGCAAAUUAGACGGCUUGCGGACGGUUGUCAAACUAAAAGAAAGGUUUUACAUGAAAGGAUUACUCACCAUUGCUUGUAACACGUUUUUACGGCAAGGAAAGUUAUUUCCAACUUCUGUUGCGUCGAUUUGAGUCACAAAAUCAAUAAUUUUAAGCCAAAAGGUCCAAAAGACAAACGUACGUUUGCUCAGCGACUGCGCCAGAAUCCGGCCGUGAAUCGAAAUAAAGUCACAACACGUCACUGCGGUCCUUUGGAAGCAAGAGUUGCAAGAAUUUUUACUUCAGUCAGGAGGCCAAAAGAUUGAAAAUUCAUCGCAAACUAAUGACUUCGAUUUUGAAAACCUUUCAUUACUUCAAUCGUUCGUCGGCUGAUAAUAAACAUCGCACAAGAUCGUAUGACCUUUGGCGUGUGACCGGAAAUCGGUCACACGCUUAUGUCACGUUAGCAUACUGUCACGAAUUUUAAUACGAUUUUUCACCUUUGCUUUCGACAAAAAAUAGACUCAUCGAAAUAAAAUCAGGCCUGCUUUAUUUGUUUGUUUGUUUUUUAAUUUCUUUUAUAGCCUGCAGAACUUGUUCCCCAUGCAUCGCGCGUGUCUCGCACCCCCAGUCCGCUUCGCAGUGCUAGCAUGAAAAGCGCAAAAAACUGAAAUUGACUCCUGUUCUGCAGUUGAUUUCUUUUAUAGAUACCUUCUAGGCAUUGACAGGCUGUGAAAAAAGUGUAUUUUUUUUAUUAUUAUUUUUUGAAGUGCUACAUCAUUUUCCUAUAAAUUUCAAACGUGACUGCUAAAAGACUGUUUGGAACCCAUGGAUGGAGAAAAGCUGUGCCGGAGAGAAGGUCAACCUCCCAGCCGAGCCAACUUUUGCGAGCGUUUGUAUGAGGAAAAAACUGACCACUUUGUCCGAGUCAACAGUGCUGGCGGAUGCUGUCUUUGUCUAGCCUUGACCGUGUCGUCCCAGCUAGCUGGGCGAGCCAAAGUGAAUAAAUAUUAGCCGGGCUAGAAUUGUGAGGCCACCACUACCGGCUCAGUGGAGGGCUGACUUCCGGAAGCCCUCAACCCCGCCCACUAUUGGUAGUAAGGCGUCUAUCCGAACCAACCUUUUGUUUCUCAUGUAAAUGGUUUACCAAGUUUUGUAAGGAAAUGGAUGAAAAGUUGGCUCGCCCAGGGUAGCUUAGCCUCCCCCGCAGGCAUUUUUAGGGGAGCUCGUAUUUCUUCCCUCCCCACUGUGGAGAGGGAAGAAAUACGAGCUCCCCUAAAAAUGCCUGCGGGGGAGGCUAAGGGUAGCUUGGGAGGUGAGUAAACACCAGAUAACCCCAAUAAUAAGCACAAACUUUGAUUGUCAGUUAGAUGUCCACUAUUUUAAGUAAGCGACCUGGCAUGUGAUUGUCGCAUCCAUGUCCCCUUCCAGAUCCCCUUUAUUAUCGGUAAGCCUCUGAUAGGUCAAAGUAAUACAGUCGUACCUCCAGUAAGCGACCACCAAAAAUGCAAAGACUUAAUGGUCUCUAACGGGAGGUGGCCGUUUAGAAGAAUCGGACCACAUGGGGUCUAUUCCGAGAAGAGGUCCGGGCACUUUCUAUUAAAUGGCGGUGUAACAAAUUCCUGGCAAAAUAUUAUCUUUUACCUCUUUUGAAAAAUACAGCUUUUAAAUCAUGCUCAAUUUAAAGAGGAAUUCAGGUGAGUGAGAUAUAGAAUAGUCUAGAAUCACAACAGAAUCUUCACUUUGUUGGCUACAUCUACUAAGUUAAGAUAUGUGUAGUUCCACGAUGUCACUAAAGGUCUUUAUAUUUUCCAAGGAACAUAGUGCACACAGCAAAAAUAGAGAGCAGAGAAUGCGUCAACUGGUCGCUUAUGGAAAACAAUUAACCGUGACGCCCAAAAAGUGGUCGCAGUCACUUACAGAAGGUCGUUUACUGGAGGUUCCAAAUAUAAGGCUUUGAAUGGGAAAAUUUGGUCUUUUGGAUUGGCGGUCGCACAUGGAGGUUCGACUGUGUUAGGUCUAUUAGAGUAUGAGCCACCAUCACCUCACUGUGAGUGACGAGAGCCAGGAACGUAUAGUAUACACUCCCUUAGGAUGCACAGAAUCGUUGUUUUGAGGUCCCGUUUAAAUUAGCGAAAUGGAUCAUUCAAGGGAGGUGCUGAAGUCCCUUAGUGAAAUUUAUAAGGUUUAUGGGUUUUUAGUGCAAGGCGAAACACAAUACUUAGGGCCCUGUUGUUCAAACGUUGAACAACAGGAAAUCACUAUCAAGCGAAUAAGAAGAAGCAAUUGCGUUACUUAUUGGAUAUAGAUUUAUCCAGGGGAAAGCGUUAGUCCCGGGGGCGUUAGUCAACUUUUCGAACAUACAGCCCCUAAGUCACUCUCCUCCGAAGACUUACCCUGGGCGACCAGGAUAGGGGAAUAUAAUACUCGACCUUCCUUGCAUCAUCGCGAGAGCCUAUAGCCUUCACUUUCUUUUGGCUCGUCCUAUAAUCCUACCCAACGUUCGUGGGACAGGAAAGUCUGCGUGCGAGGCUUGGGAAUCUAGGGAGACUAUGGUAGCAUGGUGCAAAUAGCCGGGAUGAGCUACUUUGUCCACACUAACCAUGAGGAUUGUGUCUGCUAGAAGAAAUCAGAUGUAGCUUUCUGUGAUAAGUAAUAUUCCAACAGUAUAGGAUCAUAGUUUGAAGCCAUUUCACAAUCACUAGUUUCCGCGCACCUCUACCGGCGAGUUGUGGACAAAAGCAGCUGAUAGCUGUAUACGAACCUUUCUUCCACAAAAUAGUUUCUGGGUUUUCGUAUUCGACAGUGUCAUGUAUUGAUUUUUUUAAAUCUUAAUCGAGGUCUUUUUUAUUAUGUACUGUCAGGAGCCUAUGGUACUGUCUAUCUGACUGACUGUUUCUUUGUGUGUUUUUUUUUUUCUGGUAAUAACAGGUUUCAUAAUUUGGUCGCGGUUGGGGUUAUAGGCUCCUGAUCGUGAGCAAAUAGCGAAAACCAAAGUAAACUAUAGCGUUGAAUCCGUUGGCCACGGAGAAUUGGUAUUAUUCUGCAAGUUCUUUACUACAGCAAGAGAGUAUACUCCCUUGACUACGGGACAUUGGGCCGGGGGAACUUAGUAUUUUGACCCGGCAUAGGGGAGGAGGGGAGGGGGAGGGGGUACCCUGGCCAGAUUCCAAGUCACGGGGAUGAUCGAAGUAUGUUUUUUUCUUGGUUUGAAAGUAUUUUGAACAAAAAAAAUUUUUUUUUGCUGUGACUUUACUUAAGUAUUCAAAAUAUUCGUUCUUUUUUGGUCUUGAUUUUCGCUUCCACGGGGUCACUCACGACACUUGGAAUCCGAGGUACCCCUCCUGUUUAGUACUUCGAAGGCAAAAAAGCUGUUUCCAAGCCUAGUAGGUAAAUAAAAGAAAAAUAAAUAUGCAUGGCUGUUUCUACUGCGAUGAGGGGAGUUCUUGUCAAAAAAUGUGAAAACUGUAUUAAAAUUGCUGACAACAGCUACGAAAAUUUCGUGACAGCAUGCUGACGUGACUGAAGCGUGUGACCAAUUUCCGGUCACACGCCAAAGGUCAUACGAUCUUGUGCGAUGUUUAUUAUCAGCCGACGAACGGUUGAAGCGAUGAAAGGUUUUCAAAAUCGAAGUCAUUUAUAGUUUGCGAUGAGUUUUUAUUCCUUUUGCCUUCUGACUGAAGUAAAAACUCUUGUAACUCUUGCUUCGACGCGUUAGGACUUUCGAUUCACGGCCGGAUUCGGACGCAGUUGCUUAGCAAACGUACGUUUGUCUUUUGGCUAAAAAUUAUUUAUUUUGUGACUCAAACCCGGACUCAAAACGACGCAAAAGAAGUUGAAAAUAACUUUCCUUGCCGUAAAAACGUGUUACAAGCAAUGGUGAGUAAUCCUUUCAUCUAAAACCUUUCUUUUUAGUUUGACAACCGUCCGCAAGCCGUCUAAUUUGCAUAAAUUUCCCAAUUCAAUUGCUCUCACCGCUUGCUUUGGUGUCAGGAUGAUAUUUGAUUUCCAGAGCUAAAACUUUCCAGUAAGUUAGUACAAAAGCCAAGGUUCCAUUUUAUAUUGAUUUUAUGAUCAAGCGGCAUAUACCAGAGGCCUUUUUUAAUAGUCAAAGUUGGCCUUCAUUUUCUAGCACGUCUAACGUCACAAAUAUGACCUCUUUACACUUGUCGAUUAUAAAAAUGUAAAGUAUUGUUUAUCAAAUUUUCUUUUAGGAUUUUCAAGAGUAAGAACAAAAUAAUAAUUCGGUGAAGUUUCAAUGUCAGGGAAUGUUUCUUACGCGUUCACCCUUCUCUCGAAGUUGCCAUUGCAUCCUGCCGUGUUUUGUGCGAAAAACGAGCAUAAAAUCGAUUUUUCAAACUUUUCCUAAUUUCUCCUUUAAAAUGAAUCGUUUGAACCCAAAACUAUUUUUCCUUAAAUUAGGUCACUAAAAGGGAUGUUUUGGCAAAAUAAAAAAAAAUUCGAUUUUUUGACGAGUGUCGUGCGAUUCUCGAUUUUCUCAGAUAAUGGCUCUUAACAGUGAUUUUCUGUAAAAUUCGAACUUCGGCCUGACACGGUACCUCAUCGAUUUGGCUGAUUUUUGGCAUGUAGUCUUAGAAUGGUGUCCUAAAUACUGAAUGCAUAUUCUAAGGUUCGAAUUCUCGUUGGUUUCAAAGAUACAGGAAUGACAGUUUUGACGAGGCCUCGAGCGGCCGCCAUGUUGGUGAACUGAAGGAGAUUUACAGUAAUUAAUUCUAGCCUUAUCAUUAAAAUAACUUAAUCGUGACUCAUACAGUUGCAAAGAACUAUCCUUCCCCCUUUCAUUUACCUACUCUUAUCUGAAAAUGGUUAAGCCUGAGCUACGAACGGCUAUAACUUCUCACAGCACUUUUUCGGUACUUAACAGGUACACAAAUUUGGUAGAAAUUGGAAGGCCAAUAUCACCCAUGCCACAUCGAUUUAGACUAAGCCAUUUUAACUAAACAUAGUUUGUUUAUAGCUAAGUUAGAUUGUUGAAUAAAAUAAUUGGGCAAAUGCAACGGAACAGAAAUAUGAUUGCAUGAAUGCGCAGUGGUUCAGCCACUUGGCCGCUAAAACUUCAAAACAAAAUUCGGUGAAUAUUUGAAAAGAAAAUUCUUUAAAAAUUGAUCGUGCCUCUUAAACCCUAUCUAUCGCUUAAAAAACCCUCCCUUGUAAUGUAAACAGAUGAUCUUUUGAUUCUGAUCUUGCGAAGAGCUUGAAAUAUACGCUAAAAUGAAGAUUAUAAAUUUUGUUACACACGGUACUAGCUCAAGUUCGCUCUUCGAUUUCCCAGACCAAUCGGGAGCCGCUCGUGUACUGCACAGUUACAAUUUUCUCUGUAGUAUUUCGCUGUAUACAGCUACAAAUUACAUAUUUUCUUAGGAAAAGAUAACGCAAACGUUGUCAAUUUUAAUCAAAAGGCUAGAAAAACCAACCGUGCACUGUAGCUUUAUGCAAAUUGUGUGGUAUUCGAUAAUUACACGUGUAAACAGGAACCUGCCUUUGCUAAUGUACACUGUUUGGUAGAUCUUUCCAGCGUAAGAUAUAAAACUAGUACAUGAAAUGAAAUUAAAGAACUCAUCAAGUCAAAUUACCUGAUCCCGUCAUUACUGAAUAAUAAGUCCGCAAAAUAUGGCAUGGAAUGAUCGGUGGGAGACGAAGCUAUUUUUAGGAGGACAGGGAACUGCACGCUGGAACGGAACUGAAAUGAACAACCUCAAUCAAGUUCAGUCUUCUUGACGCUAUUAAACGUUUCACCCGAAUUUGAACAGGAAGUUGUUUUCUAUUUUCGUUCUCAUUCUUGCAUGUAUUCUGCAGUUCGCCCACUAUUUUUUCGUAACUUUUAAUUUUCUAGCUAACUGGAACUGUUAAGAACUACCAACCCCCCUCCCCCCUCCCCCUCUUUGAGUGAACUUUCAUUCGGUCUGAUUCACAAUAAUUUUCGAACGGUGACAAAGUGAAAUUUGAAAUGACAUUUUAUUUAGCAUUUUUAAAAGCUCCUUCUUUUUUUCCCGAUAGCCAGGAAUGUUUUGAACGUAAAGGCUCAAGUGGCGGUGUUUUUCACGACUCUGCUUGUAGACUGACCUCACCACCAGUACCACGGACAUAAAAUCUGAUCGCAGAGGGUCAUACAGUAACUGAUGGGUCUCUGAAAAGCGAAAUGCAGUCACUUUGGGGCGAGGAGGCUAUAUAGAUGAUGAACUCAUUGUUUAUAACCCCAUAACCGUAUCCCAAAAGUCAAGCCAGCCCGGGGCGAGCGAACACAAUUUUGGGGGCACUGGCCACGCCCUUAUGUUUAGCGGGAAAUUGGUUGAUUAGUCAAAUCUCCUUAACUCCACGACCAUGCACCUUUCCAAAUAUAGCCCUUCUAAUCAUCAUAUAGUUAGGGCCUCCCGUAAGCAUUUGCAACUAUUUUGAUUUGUAGAAGACUGUUUAACAGUUUUCAUUACUUUAAUGUCUCGUAAACAACACGAGGUACAUGUUCUGAUCUCUCCCCCCCCCCCCACCCCUUCCCCCAUCCAUAACAAAAAAUUUUCAGACCAACACUGAAUUGCAUGAAGGUAUGUACAAAAAAUAUGACCAUCUCGAGGCAAGGUUCAUCACUGUAACUUACCACAUAAAAGCCUUUUCGUUGUUUGCCAUCGACUGAUUCUGUUCUGAAUACUAAGAUCCCAUAAACAACGCCGCGUUUAGAAAGAGCCCGCCCUUUUCAAUCCAAGAAAACUCAAGUAGCAAUUUCACCAACGGACAUAAGCCGUAAGGAAAGGACCGCGUCAAAAAGUUCAUGAAAUCACAAACGCCUCAGGACACCUUUAAUUCACUCUUUUUUCGAUAAACUAAUUUUUAAUUUUUAAGCAUAAAUGACAUCAGAAUGCGCGAUUAUGAGCAUUGUAGCUUAUGAAAAGAAAAUUUAACACCUGAUGCACAUGAAAGCGUCUAAGAAGGGGACUAGGAGGAAUUAGGAACAUUGUGCUUACCGCUGGAAAAAUAUUGGCUAGUUCUUUGAAUAGACUCAAUUAAAGCCGUUUUUGUUCAGUAAGGAGCUGUUAGAUGGGGGAAAAGCUAAAUAAAGUAGAUCGCAUUAGAAUACGGCAUAGGACUAGGCUCUCAAAAUCGAUAAGCUGAAUGCAAGACCAAUUAUUAUGUAAAACAGAGAAAAAUUCCUUGAGGGAAAAAAAUUAUGGCUAGGGAAAAGACCCGAAGGUGGAAAGUUAGGAUGGUAGCUUCUUUUCAGGUAAUCGAUCAUUUACGUUAACUUCCGCUAUCCGACGGGCAUAUCGGAAAGACUGAAUGGAUGAGAGUAUCACACAUUCAAGAAGAAACAAAUUUGUGAUUUUUCACAACUCAAUAAAAUAACUAAAAUUGUGUACUACUCGGUUAUACAAGAUUUUUGUUUUCAAUUUCAGAUUUUUACGAUGGGGCAGUAGCCCCCGUACUCACUAGACACUACUUUACCAUCAUCGUGUUAAAAUCAGUGAAAUACUCCAAAACAAUUUGGAUUCCUACCCUUAUACCUUUAUUAAAAAUUAAAGUUGGGAAGUUUGUUGUUUUCUAAAAGUAGUUUGAACAGCCGAACGACAUUUUUUUACACGGAGUGGGGAAGGCAAAGCUUCACUUAUCUCUUCUAAGGUAGAAAGUGUCAGCAAAACGUGAGAGUCGUCCUUGAGGGUAAAGUGUCUAACCUUAUUUUCUCACCGAUUGCAAGUGCCAUUUCAUCCACGCAAAACCUCACCUAGUUAACAGGUGAGCAAAUGUAGUGGGGAAACGUUGCGAGAGAACUGAGUAAGAUGCUAGGGUAAGUUUUGGAAAUUUUCCGCACACCUGGAAAGUCCUGGCUACGCUCCUGAUAGAGACUUUUGCUGGAGAGAAAUUGAAACAUGUUCGCUAAUAUAGUGACGACCAGAAAGGACAAGCCAUAGGAUAGUUCCAGAAAACCACCCAUUAAAAUAGAUCACGAAGUUGUCGCGGCGGAGGAUGAACUUGAAAGCAUCUGAUGAAGUGCAAUUUUUCAAGGGAGCCCAGACAAGAUUAUGUACGAUGGGCACAGCUUGUUUGAUCUGGAAAAUUUAGAGAAGCUCAAGGCAAAUCGCUAGACAACACAUGCUAGAGCUGAACUAAAAAUCUUUUGCGCCUCUGAACUCUGUCCGUAAGGGUAAAGGAGAAAGUUUCCCUUUAUCAAUGCAUUAACCGAGUUGAUUAUGAAUGUCUCCUUAUGUUGGACGUCUUACUACAAGCACAUUACCACUACUUGCCCUCAGAGGCGUUUUUCAGUUGACGAGCAGAGAAAAUUAGGUUUUGACUGUUUGAAAUUCUGGAUGCCAGAGUGAAGACGCCUUUUGUAUGAUGACGUCAUCGUCCUACAGUAAAAAGCGUUCGUUUUUUACCACUGAUAUUACGUCCAUCGGUACACUUAUGUUGUCGAAAGGUCCGUGAGCAUGGUAAAUAAUUUUACCUUAAACUGCAGACACAUCUUCAAUCACUACUUAUUGUUCGCGAUAUCGGAUAAACACUCUGGUCUCUAACUGAAUUUUCUUUGCUGUUUACUUUAUUUUGAAUUAGGACUGUCUUGAGUUGUCCAUGCAUUGUCUAGCGAUUUUAAGCUUUUUCAAGGAAACAAAAAUCUGGAAUUGUCCCUAGGGUGAGGCAUUUGCGCACAGUUUAAAGCCCUUCGGUGGGGUGACUGUGGUUUUUGUUGUCCCGGGCUCAUCCCUCAUUCUUCUUAACCCCUUCCAAACCAAUUUUUCUGUUUAUCAAGAAUCUCCUCAAAACGGGCUUCGUGAUUGAGACAAAAUACCUGAAAAUUGUACACGGAACCGUUGUUAACGGUGUACAAGGUAGAAUGAGUCUAUUCAUUACUUUGCCAACGCCCAAUUUUUAAAACCGGAAGUAAUGAUGUUUAUUUCAAGGGCUCAUGUCUCAUGAGUUUUGAGUGAAUCUUCAAACGUUGUAAAUACAUGUAGCUGGAACUAUCAUCGCAUCGAUCCUCGCUCACUAAUAAUGAUAACUUAUAUCAACUUCCAUUAUUUAUUGCCUGGCUAAGAUUUUCACGGAUUCUUCAGUUCAGUUGUUUGAAACCAGGCGGCUUCACGUGAGUUGUAACGCUAGGCAAGGAACGUGACGACCCGCGAUAUGCGUGGGAAAAUAUUACUUUUUUUCGAUCAAGGUGGAAACUGGCAACUUUGUCGUCGAGUAAGGUAAUACAUCUCAAUUUUCGUUACUAUGGUUUAUUUUAAAAGCUCUGGUUUCGGUAAAGGAACUGGAGGAAAAUCAGGAAAAUUCCUGUUCGACUGUGAUUGUUGGAUUUUGUUUACGCGUCAUAGCGUAAACAUAACAAAUUCAUUUUCCUUUUCCUUAUACAAUCUGCCUUUUUUUACACUGUUUUUCGCAGCAGAGUUAUCGAUUAUAUUAAAGAGGCUAAUUUUAUUACACAGAUCACUCAGAUUUAAUGACAGAAACUCUAUUAUCGAUUGUAAUUUUGGCAACACCUGGCGAGUAUUCGGUGUACAGAUUAUUGACAAAGUCGCUAAACAGUCUUCCAUUCAUUGCUUUUGUUUCUGCUCCGUUAAAUUUGCCCAAUUUUUUUAUUAAUGAACUCGAUUUAAAUACAAACAGUGAGUAUUCAGGCAGAUUGGCAAGCUUCAAUGCGAUGUGGCAAAAGAGAUAUACGCCUUUAAAAUUCUGUUAAUUUUGCGGGUGUAAAAAAUUCAAAAAGUAUACCCACCAAAAGUUUAAUCGAUCGUUGCGAAAACGUUAUCAAUUUCGAAGUAGUUUCUAAAAAUACAAUAAAGAGGGAUUGUUCUUUCAAUCUGUAUUGGCAAAGGAAGAUUAGCUUUGAAGACAGGGUUGUAGUCGAAGGCUCAAAAGCAGCUUCUAUUAACCAAUAUGGCGCCGGUCCGAGGCACCCAAAAACCGGCCAUGUCGAUAAUUUCCGAAGUAGGAGGAAUUAGAACCUAAAGUUACCUAUUCCUUAUUAAAGACCUCAAAUCAAGUCUACAUGCCAAUUUUUAGCCAAUUCGGUGAGAUAGUGUGGCAGCGCCUUUUUAAUAUAGCUCGAAUCUUAGGGAUGCACCAUUAGAAAUGUGAAGGGGGGGGGAGUCCAAAAACAAAAAAAAAAAUCCUGCAAAACAAAAUUUUAAGAAAAAAAAAUCCUGCAUUGCAACGAAACCAGAAAAAAAUAUCCUGCUUGGAUAACCAAUGUGACUGCGACAAUAUAUUACACAGUCUGAAAAAUAAAUCUGUGAUCUGUAACAGGAAAUCCCCUUCCCCCAACUUCCUAAAUUCAUGUCAAACUACAUUUCAGGCAGAAAAAACAAUUUCUACUGGCUAAAUAGAGAUUUCAAUUUGAACCAACUCUGAUGCCCUUGAUCUCUAUAGCUGCCAUAGUAUUAAAUUAAGAGACUGUGGUGAUAAUUGUUUAACUUUAUAAAUUAAAUAAACUUUUUUAUUGAAAUACUUUUGUUUUAAUGGGAUUAAAGUGAGAUUGUGUUAACAACGUCAAUAGUUCCACUUGCACGCAAGUUUAUGGAGUUGGUGUUGUACAAUAUGCGUUGCUACUUGAAUCCAUAAAGUUUACAGCUAUAAACAAAAGUAGAUGUCCCAAAAACACCAAUCACACUGCAGAUCCCGCUGCAUUUAAAAGUAUUAAGAAUAUUAUUUACCCAAACUAACACAAAAUAUUUUGAAUGCUUUGCAAAACCAUAAAUAGAAAUGGUGCAUUCUAAUAAAAACUUGAACCUAAACAUAUGGGCCACAGACAUAUGGUAGGAUUUAGAGGAAAUGUUCUUCAAGUUCUUCCUCUGUAUCCCAGUCCUCGCCUGAUGAAGACUGACAUGCUGGCUGCAGUUUUACUUCUUCUUUUUCUUCUUCUUCUUCUUCUUCUUCUUCUUCUUCUUCUUCUUCUUCUUCUUCUUCUUCUUCCUUUUCUUUCUGUUUUUCUGUCUCUUGUCUUCCCUCAGGUUCUUUCUCUGUUCAAGUUUUUCAUGUGCAGAGACUUGGAACGGAAAAUGUACAUGUACAAUAAAAGGGGACUGUUCAACUAUUAUUUCCUAGAAAUGUACAAACUUCUCAUUCAAAGCGAGGACACAACAUACAUUUCACAAAUUACUAUUUUAAAGGCUAUGUUCUAUUUGUAUUAACUCUUUUUGGUUGGUUGGAAUUUUUUGUUUACUUUGGGUAAAACACCGUUUGAUCUGCUUGUGUAGCUGUUUCAACUGCCACUGAACUCAGUUCGGACGUUUGAACAUAUAGAUUACUUCAUGGGCAGCGCGGGCGUACGGUAUUUACGCACGAGUUGGUUCGCAUCAGAAAUUGAACGAGCAAGGCUUUGCGAGUGAGAUCCAGAAAGCGAGAGAGAUUUAUCUGACAUACAAUGCGAAAAAAGUCCAUGUCUAACACUGCACGUGUUUAGGUGUCCUAUUACAUUAUGUACUAAACAUCUGUGACUGGACGAAACGCUUUUUUUUCACGUGUGUGAAAGUCGUUUCGCCAUUCUGAUUGGCUGCGAACCCUGAACAGGGUUUUCACACGCCAAAUUUCAAUAGAAAAUCUCAAUUAGUAUGAAAAAAAUAUACUUAAAACAAACGUGUUCUGUUGGAACACUACAACAAAAAACAUUUGCGCGGUUGAAACAGUCUAGUAAAACAAGACCAAAAGAGGGCAUAGUCAUUUUGGAAAAAAAAAAUCGUGCAAGGGUUUGAAGGUUGAAAAAAAAAUCCUGCACUCCUGCUGGUUGUGAAAAAAAUAACAUGCCUUUCCAGAAAGUCCUACCCCCCCCUUCACAUUUCUAAUGGUGCAUCCCUUACAGACAACUGCUCUUUUAAAAGUUACAUCAGCAGUUAGGAUUCUAAAAAUACAUACGACAUACUGUAUACAAAUAAUAGAAAGAUUAAAGAUUAUAUCUAAAAAUAUCUAUUUACAAAAACAUUCUUAAAUGUAUCAGUCUUUAUACCCGAGCAAUGAGCACUUUUGUUUCUGAGUUGUUACUUUGUUUCUUUCUUCUUCGGAAAGAUGUUACUAAGCUGGCAAUCGGGAUCCACUGAACGUACCUUGAAAAGCUUCUUAUCUGCCUUUUCUAAAAUUUCUCGAAUGUCCAUUCUCUUAGAUGUGUAUUUCCUUUUAAAACAUCUAUCCAAAACGUUUUGUAUGACCGUGAGAUCUGAGUCUACAGCACUAUAAACAGGCAGACCAUAAGUGAAAUUCGGUAAAACUAAGGCGCUAAAUAGGUGGCUACUUCAACUUGACUAAAACCUUCCAUCCGUAAAAAAUCUUAAUACAAACAGACACUAACAGUAUUUGCCUUAAUCAACUUAACACGUACGUGUUCGCUAUAUUUACAAUUCUCCAGAAACCUAACACCUAAAAUGAGCAGUGAAUGUUAUUAACUUGCACAAUAUCCUGAAUAAAACCUUUCUUGCGAAAAAUAAUUUCUUUACAUUCCUCUUGUUAUUCCGUCUUAGGUCCCUAAGUUUGCAAAGCACUGGAAGGAGGUCGAAGAAAGCGGUGUUCUCAGCAUGGAACUGCUUGAUCAUGUGUUUUCCAAAUUUCUUCUGGAGGGCGUUGCCAGAAAAGACAUUCUGGAUUUGAUGGAACAAUUUGGAUUGAUUGCAAAAUUUUCAUCUUUAAAGACGGGUGAAAAGUAUUUCGUUCCAUCUCAACUCAAAGCGUCACCUGAUUCCCUUUGUUCCAUGGCGCCCUCAAGGCUGGACCCUUGUCCUCUGUUUGUUUACUUUGUCAGCGGUUCUGUUCCCCAUGGUCUGUUCACUCGGCUUGUUUCUCGAUCUGUCCGUUGGUGUUCAGAGGCUGGUCCAAGUCAGCCCCCUACCCUGUACCAAAAUGGAGCGUGGUUUAUCAUUGGGAAGCAAACUUUCCAUGAUUUUGUUCUUAUUUGUAAGAAGCAGUUUAUUAAGUUUUUUAUCAAGCAAAGAAACCAACUUCAGCAGAUCUCGGUGGAUUGCACAAGUGAGGUAGCAGUGCAUGUUCGUGAGUUUGUGGAGGCAACUUUGCAGGUUUUGUCUCGUGAUCUCUAUAAAGGUGGAUUGCAGUAUCAUAUUCGGGUCGCCUGUCCGUAUUGUCAGCUGGAAAAGUGA